GGUCCCUUCAUCGUUGCCAUGGUCGACCUCGAUGCACCUACCCCGCAGGAUCCCACCAGCGCCGAGAUCCGUCACUUCCUCGGUGGUGACUUCGACCUUUUGAACAGUACCUCGGAUGAUGGCCUUUCGCUGCUCUCGAACUCCAGUCCUGCUAUUUCGAACUUUCUGCAGCCAACUCCGCCUGCUGGAUCGGACCCGCACCGAUAUGUCUUCCUACUCUUCCCCCAGCCUGCAGGUUUCGACAACCAGACCUUGGUAACUGCGAAUACGUCGAUUUCCAACUUCAAUAUAAGUGCAUUUGCGGAGGCGCUAGAGCUAGGGAACCCUCUUGGCGGAUCAUUCAUCCUGGUUGGGCCCGACCCCAACACGACAGUUUCGUCGAGUGCGGCUGCUGUCCCUACGGCAUGAGUACAAAAUUAGUCGGUUUGUCCACAGAAACCGGCUACAGAGGGUACGGUCAAAAUCAUGGGACGUGCUUGGUUAUGGAUUCUCCACUUGUUCGAUAUCAACGUCUGCGUUCGGCCUAUUCAUGUGUAUUGGAGUGACUACUAGCACGCCCUGACCAAAGUAGGAUCGGGCUACAAACCUACAUACAAGCCUAAGAGUCACCGCCUCAGUCAGAAGUCC